CCACCUUACAGCAGCCUCUCUGGCCACAUCCUCACACCUGGCCAUCUUGGGACCUUCACCCUGGCGCUUCCCACUGCCCAGCUGUUCCUCCUGCAGUGCCACGUGGCCCGCUUGGGUCUGUGCUCAGGUGCUUCCCCUUGAUGCACCCUGGCUGCUACUUUCCUGAAAAUGGCACUCUUGCCUUGCCCCAGCACCUCCUGAGCGAGACUUCAUUUCCUCCACACACCACCUGCUGAUGUGCAGACCUCCUGAUGCUGCUCGCCUUGGCUACCUCUUUCCCUGGCAUGAGCUCCCAGGGCCAGGACACUUCUGGCCAUCUCACCCACUGCUGAAGCCCUGGCCUGGCCAAGCCUGCCUCAGUAAUUGUCUACAGGCCAAUCGCUCAAGGAUGAGUAACUCAAAGCCUGAAGAGGAGACAUUACCUGCCUGAGGGCACUUCUAGCCCAGCCAGCCUCAAAGCAGCGCCCUCGAGUGCAGAGGCCCAGGCACCAUGUUUGGGAAGAGGAAGAAGCGAGUGGAGAUUUCAGCGCCCUCCAACUUUGAGCACCGCGUACACACAGGCUUCGACCAGCACGAACAGAAAUUCACAGGGCUGCCACGUCAAUGGCAGAGCCUGAUUGAGGAGUCGGCUCGCCGGCCCAAGCCCCUCGUGGACCCCGCCUGCAUCACCUCCAUCCAGCCUGGGGCCCCCAAGACCAUCGUGCGGGGCAGCAAAGGUGCCAAGGAUGGGGCCCUCACGCUGCUGCUGGAUGAAUUUGAGAACAUGUCGGUGACACGCUCCAACUCCCUGCGGAGAGACAGCCCACCACCCCCCGCCCGUGCCCGCCAGGAGAACGGGGUGCCAGAGGAGCAGGCUGCUGCGGCCAGAGUGGGCCCGGACAAGGCCGGCGGCCGAGGCCGGGUCACCGCUCACAGUGAGGCUGGCAGUGGUGACAGGCGGCGGGUGGGCCCAGAGAAGAGGCCCAAGUCCUCCAGGGAGGGCCCAGGAGGCCCCCUGGAGUCCUCCAGAGACAAGCGCCCCCAAUCUGGGCCUGAUGUCAGCACCCCCCAACCUGCCGGUCUGGCCAGAGAGGCAAAACUGGUGGCCAACCGGCCCUUUAACACGUACCCACGGGCCGAUACAGACCACCCGUCCCGGGGCACCCAGGGGGAGCCUCCCAGCAUGGCCCCCAAUGGGCCAUCCGUGGGGGGCCUGGCCGCCCCACAGUCUUCUUCCUCCCGGCCUCCCGCCCGAGGCCGAGGUGCCCCCAGCCCUGGAGUGCUGGGCCCCCAUGCCUCUGAGCCCCAGCUGGCCCCUCCAGCCCGCACCCUUGCUGCCCCUGCUGCGCCCCCAGCCCCUGGUCCCCCUGGUCCCCGCUCACCACAGCGGGAGCCCCAGCGAGUGUCCCACGAGCAGUUCCGGGCUGCCCUGCAGCUGGUGGUGGACCCAGGGGACCCCCGCUCCUACCUGGACAACUUCAUCAAGAUCGGCGAGGGCUCCACAGGCAUCGUGUGCAUUGCCACUGUGCGCAGCUCGGGCAAGCUGGUGGCCGUCAAGAAGAUGGACCUGCGCAAGCAGCAGCGGCGCGAGCUGCUCUUCAACGAGGUGGUGAUCAUGCGGGACUACCAGCACGAGAAUGUGGUGGAGAUGUACAACAGCUACCUGGUGGGGGAUGAGCUCUGGGUGGUGAUGGAGUUUCUGGAGGGUGGCGCCCUCACUGACAUCGUCACCCACACCAGGAUGAACGAGGAGCAGAUCGCUGCCGUGUGCCUGGCUGUGCUGCAGGCCCUGUCUGUGCUCCACGCCCAAGGCGUCAUCCACCGGGACAUCAAGAGUGACUCCAUCCUGCUGACCCACGACGGCAGGGUGAAGCUGUCCGACUUCGGGUUUUGUGCCCAGGUGAGCAAGGAAGUGCCACGGAGGAAGUCACUGGUGGGCACGCCCUACUGGAUGGCCCCAGAGCUCAUCUCCCGUCUUCCCUAUGGGCCAGAGGUGGACAUCUGGUCGCUGGGGGUAAUGGUGAUCGAGAUGGUGGAUGGGGAGCCUCCCUACUUCAAUGAGCCACCCCUCAAAGCCAUGAAGAUGAUUCGGGACAACCUCCCACCACGACUGAAGAACCUACACAAAGUGUCACCAUCUCUGAAGGGCUUCCUGGACCGCCUGCUGGUUCGAGACCCGGGCCAGCGUGCCACAGCGGCCGAGCUGCUGAAGCACCCGUUCCUGGCCAAGGCGGGGCCGCCCUCCAGCAUCGUGCCCCUCAUGCGCCAGAACCGCACCAGAUGAGGCCAGCGCACUGGCCCUGCACCAAAGAGCCCCUGGUCGCCUGCCCUGCCAGAUGCCAGUAGGGGCAUGUGGCGCGCUCCUCCCAGCCUUCGAGACACUCCGUGCAGCACCGCCCUCCUCUCAGGGUCUUCUCGGGUCCCUACUACUGAACUCUGGCUUUGAUUUUGUGACUGUACAAACAGACUCACGGGAGCACUGAGACUCCUGGGACCCACCCUGGGACAGGCCCUCCUGGGUACUCCUGUCCCCGGGAAAGAGGGCGGCCCACACAUCACUGGAAAUCUGCAAUUGGGUCGACAGGUGGAGAGAACACUAUGAAAAGGGUGUGCGUGUGUGCAGUGUGUGCGUACGCACCAAAAGCCCGAAUGCUCUGUCCUCAGCCGGUAGGUGUGUGUCCCUGGGGCCUUGCCGGGCAUCCAGCCCCUGGCCCCGAGGCAAUGUGGGGGUCCCUCAUGAAUGUCUGAAGAGUGGCCUUUUCCUGGAGCCCUGCACACCCCUUCUGUGGCUGGAGGGAGCUGGGUUGGGCUUCCCCACCCCAGCCUCUGCAGCAAUGACUACUGCACCUGGACAGCCUCCAUUUUCUAGAAGUCUAUUUAUAUUGUCAUUUUAUAACACUAGCCCUGCCCCCACCUGGGGAUAGGGAACCCCUGUCCUAUGGGGUGGCUCAGGGCAGAGCCACUGCUUGAAAACUCAGGUUCUGCCCUGGCAGCACAUCCCUGCCCCACCCAACCCUCC